AAAAAAAAAAAGAAAAAAAGAAAAAAAAAUUGUAGAUAAAGGACGCCGCUAGGGUUUCCUCCUCCUCUUUAAUCUUCUUCAAUUUCUUCUUCCUUCUCCUUCCUUAUCAUCCCCUGUCCUAACAUCGAUCUAGGGGUUGGGAAGAAGACAUGGUGGUGCACGGGGCGCACGGGAUCCCGCUGGAGGUGGUGGGCACGAUGAUCGAGAUGGCCGACGUGGCGUGGUAUGCCCUCGAGCACCGCCCUGGCGCCCAUAAGGCGGCGGCGCCGGAGAAGGCGUCGUUAUUGGGGGAGGAGGUUGCAGCGAAGGAAGCAGGGGCGGAGGAGGCGGGAGAGGAGUUGGCGCGGUUGCGGACGGAGAACCUCCGCCUGAGGACCCAAUUAGCCGACAAUCUCGCCCUCCUUCAGGGCGUCUACAAAGCGCCCUCCAUCUCCAAAGAUUGCCCUGCCGAUCUAUAUGAACGCCUUAUAGCUGCAGUGGACAACUCAAGCUUCCUUGCUAACCUUGAAUCACUUCAUCGAGAGUCAACUGCUGGUCCAAAAGGAAAGGAACCUGAUUCCAUGGAUGUGCCUAUUAAUGUUGAUGAUGGGAAGGUGAGUUGGUGGGUUUGGGUCACUAGCGAGAUUGCUCCCAAAAGCUUAGAGGAAGUUAGUGGAAUUGAUGACGAAAAUUAUGUCAUCAUUACUGAAGAGGAUGUUGUUGAUGGUAUUGCUAACUUCAUUGCUAGAUGCAUACUUGAAAACCAAAAAUCUAAGACAUUAUCACCGCUGGAUCUGCAGAAAGCUGUCAUGAGGUCUGUGGGUGGAAUUAAAGAUCAAAAGAAGUGGAGAAGUAUUUGGGAGGCUGGUAAAGUCAUUUACACGUUGUCAACCUGGGGAAUUGCUUUGGCAGGGUUGUACUCAAAUCGCGCCAUCGUGCGAGCCGCAGCAAAAGGGGUUAGUGCGUCUGCGAACCUUGUUCUGAAGGCUCUCUGAAGAAAUUUAUUCCAUCAACCUGUUCAUGUAAAUUAUACUUAGUUGAUUGCUCACGCUUUGUAACUCCUAUUUGUCUUGUACAGUAUUUCUCAUAAACUAGACUCGCAUUUGCAAGGAACAUGCUUUAUUCCAUCCCUUCCCCCCCCCCCCCCC